AUGAUUAGCCAGCUCGAAGGCUUCAAAUCGAUCAUUUGGUCUUGGAAUCUUCAUUUACUUCGCAUUUUAUGCCAGCCUUUCAUGCUCUGUGUCCGCAAGCACAUCGACAAAGAUUCACCUGUCCCAGUAAGCACAUGUCUUCAUCUCCAGAAUCUGCUUGAAAUGAGUCAAGGCUUGAGCAGACUUGCACUCCGUCACUGUCCCGCAACUGAUCAAGCACAAUGUCAAACUACUGUUGCCGAGGUGAAAAGUUAUUUUGCCUGGACAGGCCCACAUGUAAACAAGUGUCUAUUAUGGCUUUGGACUGUCUGCAUGCGCUUCUUGCUCCAGUGUGGUGAUUGA